UUGGGUACGUAAUGGCUAAAAAAGGUUUUGCAGGGAAAGGAAGCACAAGUGCAACCUGCAUUAGAAAAUAUUUCCAUAUUUGUGCAAUAGGAUUGGAAGAACGAGGCAUCUCCAUGCUUCACGGCUAAAGGUUAGAACAAACGUGGGCUUCCAGAUACCAUCCCAAACUGCCACAUCAGCAAGGACUGAACCUGGCCAGAGGAUCAAGAAAUAAGAUUUUCUAGGUUCUGGAAAAGUCAGUAUGUUGGAUCAGAUUCAUUGGCUGGCUGCUGUGACAGUCCUGGGAGUCCUGGAGCAAGCCUACUUCAUACUGCAGGUGAUCUAUGCUAGGAGGUUGUUUGGCAUUUCACCUCCAAAGACCUCAGGCCCUCCUGAAUUUGAAAGGAUCUUUCGAGCACAGGUGAACUCCUCUGAGUAUUUUCCCAUCUUCCUGGCACUUCUGUGGCAGGCCGGACUCUUCUUUCAUCAAGGUCUGGCUGCAGCCUUGGGUCUCCUCUAUCUCUACGCCCGCUACUGCUACUUUAUGGGAUACAAGGCAUCAUCCUCAGAAAGACUCGCCCCGAUAUACUUCAGCGCUGGAGUUCUCUGGAUUCUCAUUGCAGUGUCAGCCCUGGGCAUCCUGCAUUUCUUCCUCUCUCACUAUGUGGGGCUGAACAUCUUCCAGCGUCUCACAGCAUGACCCACUCCCCUGUGCUUCAUCACUGUCCUCAUCUCUGAGUCCUGCUCCCUCCUGCCCACAUUAAAAGACUGGCUGCAACUCAGUAGCCCUCAAUGAGAAAUCCACCCUCGCCCGAGCUUCUAACACCUCCUUCCUCACUACCAGCGCUGGCAGGAGCUGCUGAGAAGUUUAGGAGGUACUUUUCCCUGCACUUUGUGUGCCAAGUGCUCCACAUCUGGCGGCUCCACCAUGACUGAUGCGGAAACAACAACCCCAAACAAGGACAUAUAAAAGCAAACUCUUCUCAGUCUGAGUUUCCCAGUGAGUUGCCAAAGGGAAGUGCCAAGUGUUUCCCAUUAUGCAACAGCUCUGCCCUCAGCCCAGGCACAGAUUCAUGCCAGCUUUCCAAGCCCACACCUAAGGAAGGCAUUUGUUUGGAACUAGAUGUGGGCUGAGACAUAACAAAAGAGGUGAGGGAUAAACUGAAGUAGCCACCAACAAGCUGUGCAAAAGUCUGUUGGUGCCCUCAUGCUGGUCAUCAGCCACUGCUGUAAAUCUGAGUGUGCAAACUCAUCACCACUGCUGCAUGUGCUACUUCAAACUCAGGCCAGUGACAACAGGCUUAAAUAAAAGGUCGCUAAACUUGC